CGGACACAUAAAAACCAUAUUCAAGCAUACAGGAGUGCAAGGAUCUACUAGGCAUCAGAGGGAGAAACUAUCAAACUGUGGACUUGUUUGCUGUUUUUUGAAGUCGACUGAAAAUGACUCCAUCUCAGAAAAGCCUCGCCAAAGGUAGCCCUGCCCCUGGUCCCGUGCCCAAAGGGUCGAUAAGGCUGUACAGUAUGAGGUUCUGCCCCUUUGCUGAGAGGACAAGAUUGGUGCUCAGUGCCAAAGGCAUUAAACAUGAGACCAUCAAUGUAAAUUUGAAAGAGAAGCCGGAUUGGUUCCUGGAAAAGAACCCCCUGGGUUUGGUUCCCGUGCUGGAGACCCCAGAAGGCCAGAUCAUCUACGAGUCUCCCAUCACAUGUGACUACCUGGACGAGGUGUACGCAGGGAAAAAACUGCUCCCCUCUGACCCGCUUGAGAAGGCUCAACAAAGGAUGCUCCUGGAACAUUACUCUAAGGUAGUUCCUUUCUUCUACAAGAUCCCUGUGGCUAAGAGGAAUGGUGAAGAUGUUACAGCCUUGGAGGGGGAGCUGAGAGAGAAGCUCUCAAAAUUUAACGAGAUCCUUGUAAAAAAGAAGACCAAAUUCUUUGGUGGAGAUUCGAUCACAAUGAUUGACUACAUGAUGUGGCCAUGGUUUGAGAGGAUGGAAACACUGCAGUUGAAACACUGUCUGGACCAAACCCCUGACCUGGCGAAAUGGAUGGAGCGUAUGCUGGAGGACCCUGCUGUCGAGGAAACCAUGUUUAGCCCUGAGGUGCACGCAGUGUUUUAUAAGAGCUAUGUUGCAGGAACACCUGAUUACGAUUAUGGUCUUUAGACGGCGACCGAAACCUGCCGUCCCGUCCCCAGUUUCACCACUCCCUCUCUUUCCAAUCCAGUGGUAAAUUUAAACCAGAGAUGAAAUCAAAGCGCCUCUUGAUUUGUACUCCACUCUCUUCCUUCUAAAGACAUCUCUGUGAAGAUGGGCUUUCCCGCCUUUUUUUGACAUGUUGAAAAAUGGGACUGCAACAGUCUGAACUGACAUCAUUUUAUGACUUUUUGCCUUUAUUUCAGUUGUUUGCAUUUUAUACUUUAAACCACACACAGUUAUCUACGGUAAUAAUGGCUGUACCAUUCUCUGACCCAUAUGAAAUGAACGUUACAGGAAAUUAGAGCCUCCAGAAAUGGUUCUGUGGUUGCCUUUCAGUCAAAAACCACUAUAGAGUUUCACCACUAGGGGUCCCCUUCCUUUCACCCUUGAGUAGAGGUCCACAUGCUGAAAAAAACUGAUGAGUAAACAAAGUGGUAUGAAAUCCUAAAAGUAUAGUAUACAGACAAUCUAACAUUAAAUGUGAAAAUAUACAAAAUACUAUUACUAAAGAAUAUGAAGUUAAUUUGAGUGGAUUGUACCAACAUACUGAAUGUGUUAUUAUAUUAAAAAUAUUCAUGUUUGCUUUUUUGGAAGCUAUGAUAACAAUCGGCAUAGCAUUAUUGUGUUUGGCUUCCCUAACUAAAACAGAAAAAGCUUUGGCCAGAGGCCAUUCCCACAGUCAGUAUAAGAUAGAAUCCCAAACACCACUUCAGCCACUGGAUUGGGAGGGAAAAAAAACCCACAAACAUGUGAACAUUAAUUAAUGUCAUUGGGAUACAUUUGGACUAUCUUAUGUCAUAGACAAAUAUUGUAGUUUUAUUUUUAAAAUAAAAAUGGCUGUUGGUAA